UCCUUUCCUCCGCCUUGCCUUGCCACUUUCUCGCCGCCCGCCCGGACUUCCUCGCAGGCGGCCGGCCGGAGAGGCGGCGGGGGGAAAUGGGGCGGCGGUGACGGGGCAGCCCGGCCAUGAGCUCCGUCUGGAAGCGGCUGCAGCGGGUCGGCAAGCGGGCCGCCAAGUUCCGCUUCGUCGCCUGCUACCAGGAGCUGGUGGUGGAGUGCACCAAGAAAUGGCAGCCAGACAAGCUAGUUGUGGUUUGGACUCGGAGGAACCGCCGGAUUUGCUCCAAGGCUCACAGCUGGCAACCGGGCAUCAAGAAUCCUUACAGGGGCGAGGUGGUAUGGAUGGUGCCGGAAAACGUGGACAUUAUGGUCACACUUUACCGGGACCCCCAUGUGGAAGAAUACGAAGAUAAAGAUUGGACCUUUGUGGUGGAAAAUGAAUCGAAGGGGCAACGUAAGGUCCUCGCCUCGGUCGACCUCAACUUGAAGCGCUUUGCCAGCCAGAUGCCCAACCAGGUGGAUUUGAACCUGAAGCUGAAGCCCAAGUCCGUGAAAGUGGUGGCCGCGUCGCUCCAGCUGACUCUCUCGUGCGUCUUCUUGCACGAGGGAAAAGCCACGGAUGAAGACAUGCAAAGCCUGGCCAGUUUGAUGAGUUUCAAGCCUUCCGACAUCGGCAAUUUGGGGGAUUUUGCUGAAAGCGACGAGGAGAUGGAAGACACCCCGAAACACGACCGGGACGAAGAUGCCGCAGGACACACAGCAGCCCCUAAAGGGUUCCUCAAAAACGUUACGGUGAACUAUUUCCCAGACACAUCCCGGGAUCUGAACCCCUUGGCUGAGGAGGAGGAAGACCCCUCCGGCCGUUCUCCGUCGCCUUCCAAGGCAUGUCCCAAGGAAGCUGUGGCCGCGGUCUCCGAGCCAGCCCUGGCGAGCCACGGAAACAUCUCCGGAGGUUCCCCACUUCCCGGGCCAAAGGCUGCUUCUGUGGCUCCCGACGUGGUCGCCUUUGACGUAAGUGGUGAGGAGUGUAAAACUGGGAGUGCGGGGCUCGGCGGGGUGAACGGUGCCCGUCCAGGGGGAUCACCGAGUGGCAUCCCAGAAGGGCCAGGGACCAAGAUCUGCAUGCUGGACACUUCCCAAGCAUCAUCAGCGCAGGCGGGGCCUGAAGAGGAGCACGAAAGCACGGAGCCAGCGUGUCCGAGUGCCGUCGACCCCAGGCCAACAGAUAUCUGGAAACCCAGGGAAGACUGCUCUGUUUCUCCACCCCCCAGGAGAAAAAGCACGCCAAAGGAAUCUGUUAAAAGACUCCUUUCGCCCCCGUUUGCCUCCAAGGAGGCCCCCGUGCGGAAACGCAAGCUGGGGAAGGAGACGGGGUCCUCGGACCCCCCAGCGCCUGUCGUGGAGACCCCGGCCGUUUUGGAAGAAAACCCGGUUCCUCUUCCCACAUCCGCUAUCCUGGCUACCCCACCCCUGGAAAAACCAGGAUACGAGAGUCUCGACGAAAAGGCACCUUCUCCGUCCCCGUCUGGAAAUUCCGUGGUGAUGUAUUUUAUGGAGGUGGCAGCCCUCACCAACAACCAUCCGGUCGUUAUCAGUAACGAGUCAGAUUCCCGAGGAUUGUCUUCGGAUGCCGCCUACCUGGCGCUCUCUCCUCUCGGGGGUCCCUCGCCGGCACCAUGGGGAUUUCGGGAAGCGAGGGCUGGCGAAGACCCGGAUGGCACCGCGGAAGGAGGAACCGUGUCGCACGCCGCUCCUGAAGUCCCAAGCGACGGCGUUUCCUCUGAACGGGCGGACGAGGCUGAGAUGGUCGUGGAGAAGGAAGAGCCGUUCCUGGCCGAAGAGAGGUUGGGGGGCAGUGAGGCAGGGGCUUUGGAGUUAUCAGCUGAGAAGGAAGAGGAGGAGAAGGUUGACAGGCAGGAGAAUCGGAGAGGAGAGGACCACUUCACGCCUGCCGCAGAAACCCUUCCGGGAGGAGGGGCACACCGGAUCGUGGGGGAGGCCGACGGGAGCCCCCCAAGAGCUGGCAAGAUUUCUCCCACGUCCUCCUCACGGGAAAGACUACUGGUGAUGGAGGACGAAGAAAGCAGGCCCAGCUCAGAGGUUCUCGCUUCCCCGUUGACGAUGGGUAGGGAAGACGUGGCCGGGGAGUCCCUGUUGGAGGCACCCCGUUGCCCUCCUGCUGCUGUGCCCGGCCUGGAGGGAGGUAGGGAAACUCAGAGGGACCUGGCAGUUGCAGAGGAGGCUCCCCAAAGCCCUUCAGAAGAACCAGCACCCCAGAAUUUGGGAAGCGAGGACGAGGGAGCCGGAGACGAGAGGGACGCAGAAGGAAGCGGCGUCUCCAGAGAGGCCGUGGAACGGACAGCUGAAACGGAGCUUGUGGUGACCGAGGAAGGAGAGGAACAAGGCCAAAAGGAUGUCUGGAAGAAACAUUCAGAAGAAGACGUCCUUCUGGAGGAACCCAACAUCCGUCGGAAUGGGAGCCCGGAAGCUUUGGGCCAAACACAGCCGGACAGUCCAGCGGCUUGGGGCUUAGGGUCACCUUGGGAUGGCGGUCCCCCACAGGCUUCCCAGAAUGGCCAAGGUGUUCCAGACCACGAAGAAGAAAGCCUAGAGAGGCCCUCGGAAGAAGAGGGUUUGUCCCAGAGAGCCACAGAGACAGAAAUGGCCCCCCUGGUUGCCCCCCAUGCUUCCGGCCUGCCUGCCUCUCAGGAGCCUGCCCCGUCUGCCCCAGGUCCCCGUAGGAGUGCCGGGCCCGGCCUGGAAGCCCCGGUGCUGAGUCCCGUGUCCUGUGGCCCGGCCCCCCACUUGGGGCCCGAAGGGAAAGACCAGGCCGAGUCAGUCAGCAGCCCCACCCUGGUGAGCUCCAGCCAGGGCCUGCUUCAGUGGUGCCAGGAGGUGACGGCUGGCUAUCGGGGGGUCCGCGUGACCAACUUCACCACCUCUUGGCGCAACGGUCUGGCUCUUUGUGCCAUCCUGCACCACUUCCACCCGGACAAGAUAAAUUUUAAAGCUCUGGAUCCCCUCGAUAUCAAAGAGAACAAUAAGCUGGCCUUCGAUGGCUUUGCCACGCUGGGCAUCUCUCGGCUGAUGGACCCGGCCGACAUGGUUUUCUUGACGGUGCCCGAUCGGCUGAUCGUCAUGACCUACCUUUGCCAGAUCCGGGCGUUUUUCACUGGCCAGGAACUCAACGUGGUGCAAUUUGCCAGCCACAGUAGCGAGACCACUUAUAAAGUGGGCAAAUUCGACACGGAUUCCUCCGGAUCCAUCGACCCAGCUGUGUUUUACUCCCAACAUCUGCAAAGCAAUGCAGAGAAGCCAGGGAGGCUGGAAGCCAAGGAGGAUUCUGGGAAAACAACAACACGACUGGAGGAGAAGCAGGAAGCAGAAGGGGACUCUGCUGUCCCGGAGGACUCUGGGAGGCCUGAAGAGGCGAGCGAGGCAAAGGAUUCUGGGAACGAAGCCAUGGCGGAGACGGUCUCCCGCAAGGAGAGCCAGGCACAGCCGGGGACGGAGCAGAAGGGCUCCGGAGUUACCGGCAGUGUCAUCUCCACAGGGCCGGAAGUCAAAAAUGGGGUUGCCGCCGAAGGAAAUAAAUCAAUAUUUUCUGGUCUGGUGGAUUAUAAACCCGAAAACGCCAACGAGAACAUGGCGGAGGAGAUCACCUCAAACGCAGAGCGUCUUGUAGCGGAAAUCUCCAAGCCCAACAGCUUGAUCAACGGUGCCCCUCCAGCUUUGGAACGGGAGGAUUCUGGGGGCGAAACCCCAAGGCACGAUGGGAAAGGACUGGCCGAUGGUUCUUCAGCUACCCCUCGCCAGGACCCAGGGGAUUCUGGGAAAGGCGAGGCGGAAGCGACGAAGGAGGUGGUUGCACCUCCUCGGCUCAAACGGCUCGCCUCCCGCGGCAGCGUGGAGCGGUCCCUGCAGCGCAUCCCCUCGGUGGGCAGUGCAGGCCCCGUGGUGCCUCCCCGGGCCCACUCAGUCAAGUCUGCCUUUGCUCACAUGCGCGACGCAGACCUGGUGAAGAAGCGACGCUCCCGGUUAAAGAGCGAGUCCCUCUCGGUGGAGGAGACGGAGGGGGGCGGGCAGGCGGAGGAGCCCGGCCAGCGACCGGCUGUGGAUGACAUUUGCAACGAGGGGAUAAAGGGCCGACAAACGAAAGCACCAGCCUCUCCCGUCGUUCCUUCCCCGGAUCAGACUCUGGACUCCGAAUUGAGAAACAGCCACCACGAAGAAGAAAUUCCAAAAUUUCAAGACACCAGCCAGUACGUGGUUGCUGAAUUGCGGGCUUUGGAGAACGAACAGAAGCAGAUUGACGGGCGGGCAGCGGUGGUGGAGAAGGAGCUGCGGGAUCUGAUGCGAACAGGUGCAGAUAAGUUGAAGGAGGAGGAACUGAUCCAGGAAUGGUUCACAUUGGUGAAUAAGAAGAACGCCCUGAUCCGACGACAGGAUCAGCUACAGCUGUUGAUAGAAGAACAGGAUCUAGAACGGCGGUUUGAGCUCCUGAGUCGCGAACUUCGCGCCAUGAUGGCCAACGAAGACUGGCUCAAAACAGAAGCCCAGCGGCAACGGGAGCAGCUCCUUCUGGAAGAACUGGUCUCACUGGUGAAUCAGCGGGAUGAAUUAGUCAGAGAUCUGGAUAUCAAAGAGCGUAUAGCUUUGGAAGAAGACGCCAGGCUGGAACGGGGUUUACAGCAGAGGCGUCAUAAAAUGAGCCGGCGGGAAAAGUGCCGCGUCAGCUGAGAAGGCCUCCUGCCUUCGUCUCCACCAACACCCCUGCAGUGUAGGACGCCCAGCCGUCUCCCCCCAGACCGCCACCAACUUUUUUGCCUCCCAACCGUGCCUUCGGCUUGCUACGCGCGUCUGUUCAUGCCCAGGAGAAAAACUCUGUGGACUUUCCCCCCACUUUUGAGGGGGGCAUAAGUUAAGAUGCACUUCGGGGUUUCGUUUCUUUUUUUUUAAAAAAACUCUCUCCCCCAAAAACCAUCCCAGGGGAAUUUCUCUCUCUCUUUAUCCGGGGGGGGGGAGAGAUUUGCAACGAUCUGUUUUUAGGAAUUAUUUAUUGGGUUGCGUGUGUCCCCGUGUGCUUGUGUGCCUGCCUGCCUUCCUGCGUGCGUGCCAGGCAGUUCUGGGUUCAAAAAAACGGGUCGUUCCUCCCGUUUUGAGGACGAAGCUUUUGCCGAGCGGUGCCUUUUACUUGGGAAUUUUUGAUUUUUUUUUUUUAAACAAUCCACGCUUGAUGGUACCAAAGCCGCCGAGUGCCUUGAAUGCUUCUAGUGCCAAACUGGACGACGGCCAGAGCUUUAUGCUCGCCUCUUCACGAAACUUGGGCUUCUGAGUAUUCGCACUAAAUUUGUACUGGACUUUAGAAUAAAUGUUUUCAAAACGGGA